AUGUUGAGUCGACCGCGUUUGCCGUUUCGCCGUCCUAUACUUGAACCGCAAAGGUUAGGAUUGUUCAUUGCCAAUUCGAUGAGACGACGAGAGUAUGGCGCUUCGGUUAAUAAACAAGUCGGCGAGCGCACUAAAUUGAACAACCUAUCUGUUGUUGAUCUAGGCUGUCUGGUCCUCGAGGCAACAGACCCAACUAUGAAAGUACAAUACACACAAGUUGCGAAGGAGAAACUUGAUAAACUCUACGAAUCACCUACAGAUGCCGCUACCAGGCAGACGCUUGGGGUCACGAGUGCCUACACAGUGCCACCCAUCGGCGUACCGAUUCGUCCCGCUUUAUUCGAACCAAAGGAUAUGCCCAGCACACGUGGUAGCGGGGCUACACUGGCACAGAACAUACUGCAUAACUUGGCACACAUUGAGUUCAAUGCAAUGAAUAUGUAUUGGGAUACCGCUCUGCGUUUCCAGGGUUUUGUCAAGGAGAGUUCCGUGCCGACGAAACGGGCCGCACCAGGUAUCGA